AUGGAAUCAUAUUCUUCUUCUGAUCAUGAUGAGGACUCCAAACAAAGAGGUCUGUCGAUAAAAUCAAAAGCUAAUAAAGCGAAAUUUGUAAUACCUUACAAUAGAAAGGGUGUCCCAGUUGGAAAUGAAGCCACAAAACUAUCUACUUUUGAGGGUUUGGUUGGAAGGACGAUGGUGCCCAUAAAUUAUGCCUCUUGGUUGGAUGUUAGUGAUGAAACAAAGGAUGAGUUAUGGCAAUAUGUUUUGUUAACCCAAAGAGCCGGAAGCACACUCUCCAAUCAAUCGGGAAGAAGUGGAGAAAAUUCAAACAUUAUCUAUAUGCCAAAUGCAAGAAACUGGCAAGACGGAAGAGGAGAUUGA